AUGGAUCCCUCGCAAGACUUCAAGUCCUUGCAGGACAAGAUCCAGGCCUCCCUGGUAUCGACUACGAAGGCCGUCCAGCGGAUCGCGAACGAGGAUCUCGGAUUCCAGCGAACUGUGAACCCCAGCACCGGCGACCGUCUCGAGGAGCAGUCGACGCGCCUGCUGAGCCUUUCCAACGACCUACUCAAGUCUGCUGCCGUCGCAACAGGGCAGAAAACCGUCGGCGAUCUGGAAGAUGCAGAGGACGUCGACAUACAAUGGCGCAGUAUCGUGGACGUGAUCGACGGGCUCCUGGAGAAAGCUGAUAUUUGCUUGGACGAAUACACAGGCUUGGUCAAGAGGAAGUCAGAUUUUCCCGAGACUGGGCCGCAGCAGAAGAAGGCAAAGACGAACGAGCGGCUCGAUUUCAACUUCCGACGCGCCAAUAUCAUCAAGCCACAGAAUGCUUUCGAGAAGCAAGUUGACAAUUUUGCCGCUGGACCAUGGAAGCCGUUGUUGACCCAGAAGCCGCAUUCUGUCGUGCCGCUGGAGGACAGCCUCAGCUUAGAGGUUGACGAAAACAGCCAAAAACAGUACGACUACACAUUUUCUUUAGCGUCUAUUACUUCCAACUGGGCAGGCAAGCCGCUCCGCGAACUGAGCAGAAGGGCGAGCGGCAGAUUUCCGAGAAAGACUCGGGAGUUGCAGAAAAUGGGAUACAUCAAGAAUACUGACGGCCAAUUCAGGUUCAAGCAUCCAUAUGAGAAGGAGGUCACGAACCUAAAGUACCCAGACACCACCUACGAAAUACGAGACCCUAUACCAUACCAGCCGAUCGACACAACCUCUGCGACUUGGGUCGACACCUACGAAGGGGUCCUGGAAAUGCUGGAGGAGCUCAAAGGAGCAACGGAAAUCGCGAUUGACCUGGAGCACCACGACUAUCGUUCUUACCAUGGAUUGCUUUCUCUCAUGCAGAUCAGUACUCGAGAAAAGGAUUGGAUCGUUGAUACCCUGAGGCCAUGGCGACACAGGCUUGAGGUUCUUAACGAGGUCUUCGCCGACCCUAAGAUUCUCAAGGUCUUUCACGGCGCUUUCAUGGAUAUUAUUUGGCUCCAGAGAGACCUAGGGUUGUACAUUGUCGGGCUUUUCGACACUUACCACGCAAGUGUAGCUCUUGGAUACCCACAAAGGAGCUUGGCGUACCUGCUCAAGAGCUUCGUCGACUUCGAUGCAGAUAAGAAGUACCAAAUGGCGGAUUGGAGAAUACGACCGCUGCCAGAGGAGAUGUUCUACUAUGCCCGGUCAGACACCCACUUUUUACUCUAUAUUUACGACAGGGUACGGAACGAGCUGGUUGAGCGGUCUGAUCGCAGUGACCCAGAAAAGGACCUGAUCGAGUACACACUCCAGAAGUCGAAGGAGACGUCGCUAGAUAGGUAUACACCUUUUUCUGCAGAUCCAGAAAACGGCGAGGGGGCCCGGGGGUGGUCCAAUUUCCUUUACAAGAACCAUCUCAGGCUCAGUGGCGAGCAAUUCGCCGUUUACAGAGCCGUGCACAAAUGGCGUGAUGAGCAGGCUCGCCUGCUAGAUGAGAACCCAACCUUUAUCAUGGCACCACAGGUAGUGAUGGAGAUUGCCAAGAUACUACCAAACGAUCCCAAGGCACUUUGGAGUUUGCUCGGAAACUCGUCAUCUCCGAAGGCAAGGCAGUCGAUCGAUGACCUCUUUUCAAUCGUCACCGAAGCGAGAAAGGCCGGAGCCGAGGGACCCAGCACAACUGAUUAUUUCAAGAGCUUGUAUCUUGAUAAUCACUCGCUCGCGGCUGUGGCGAACAGGGAGCUUAGGAAGGGAGACAAGCCGGAGUUGGACCUGCCUCCAGUGGAGCAAUUGCGAAGCGAGAAAUCCCAGCUAUUUGGCGCUGUUCCACUGAGUAGUCUGUGGGAUGGCUCAUCGCAGUUUCGGAACAACGCUACUAAUGAGCAGAUUGCAUUGCCCUGGACACAGUUUGUGCAAGAAGCGGUGGCCGCUGCUUCUCAACAGGAGAUCAUCUCCAAAUCUCAACCACAAGACGUGGAUAUGAUUCCCCUCGAUGUGCCGAAGGAAGCCACUCCUGCGCCUCCGAAGGAUUUGGAUGUGGACAACACGGAGUUCACACUGAGACAAGGGCGAAAGCGCAAAAUGGAGGAAGUACAGGAUGAGGAUGAUUCAGGCGAUGGAGGAGCAGCCCUCGACACAGAAGAGAUGAUAUCUCUCGACGUCGACGGGAACGGAGACAAGCGCUCGAGGAGAGCGAAGAAGAAGGCGGACAGAGAGGCGAGAAAGCAAGGCAAGGCCAGCUCAGCAGCUCGGAAAGGCACUGAGCAGGCCGACACUGCCGAGGAUGAGGACGUGCCUUUUGACUACAGCCAAGCACAGUCUGUCUUGAACGCAAAGAGGUCUGCUGCCGCCGCUAAUGGCACUGGCGAUGCUCCUGGUAAGAAGAGGGCUUUUGACCCUUAUGUGGCGAGGCUGAAUGCCGAAGGCCCCAAAGCAGCCCGACGGAUGCAUGGGGAGCGCACGGGGAAGGCUGGCACCUUCAAGAAGUGA